GCGAGUCUUGAACAUACCUGGAGAAGACGAGGCUCGUUAGCAGUUAGCUGCCUAUCGACUGCUAUUAAAGAUGCAACUGGCUUUAAGUAAAACGUUCGGUCAGAAGCCAGUAAAAUUUCAGUUGGAACAAGAUGGGGAUUUUUACAUGGUUGGAUCGGAGGUUGGAAACUAUUUACGCAUGUUCAGAGGCUCUUUGUAUAAAAGAUACCCAUCUUUAUGGAGGAGGCUGGCGUCUGUGGAUGAACGGAAAAAAAUUGUGGCAUCAUCACACGCCACGAGUGUUACCCUGUUGAAGGCAUCAGAAUGCGAAGAGAUCUUUGAGGGCAAUGACGAGAAGUACAAGGCAGUGUCCAUCAGCACAGAGCCCCCAGCUUACCUCAGAGAGCAGAAAGGAAAGAGGAGCAGUCAGUGGGUCCCCACGCUUCCCAACAGCUCUCACCAUCUAGACGCUGUGCCUUGCUCCACCACGAUCAACCGCAACAGAUUGGGUCGUGACAGGAAGAGGACCUUCCCCUUGUGCUUCGAUGACCAUGACCCUGCAGUUAUCCAUGAGAACGCAGGCCAGGUCGAGAGUCUGGUUCCCAUUCGUCUUGACAUGGAGAUCGAUGGACAGAAACUGCGAGAUGCCUUCACAUGGAACAUGAAUGAGAAACUCAUGACCCCAGAGAUGUUUGCGGAGAUUUUGUGUGAUGACCUGGACCUGAAUCCUCUGGCCUUUGUUCCUGCCAUUGCCUCAGCCAUUCGUCAGCAGAUUGAGUCCUACCCCGCUGACAGCGUACUAGAAGAGCAGGCAGACCAGAGAGUCAUCAUCAAGCUGAACAUCCAUGUGGGGAAUAUCUCGUUAGUGGACCAGUUUGAGUGGGACAUGUCAGAGAGGGAAAACUCCCCGGAGUCAUUUGCGCUGAAGCUUUGCUCUGAGCUGGGUUUGGGAGGAGAGUUUGUGACCACUAUCGCCUACAGCAUUCGAGGUCAACUCAGCUGGCACCAGAGGACGUAUGCCUUCAGUGAGAAUCCACUCCCCACAGUAGAGAUCGCCAUCCGCAAUACUGGAGAUGCGGACCAAUGGUGCCCCCUGCUGGAGACUCUCACAGAUGCUGAAAUGGAAAAGAAGAUCCGAGACCAAGACAGGAACACAAGGCGUAUGAGGAGACUGGCCAACACUGCUCCAUCAUGGUAGAAAGAGACAGGUUGAAGAUACUGAAGUGGACUCUCCUUGUCUCUUGUUGUCCUGCAAAUGGGUAUUUCUGUAAGAAAUGUGUGGUCACAUCAUUGACUGACACACACACUCACACACACACACACACACAUCCAUGUGUUCAGAGUUGCGCAUUAUAAUCAUUUCACUACUCGUCAUGUCAUUAACUCAAAUCUGAGCCCACGUCACUAUUAGAUGUGUUUCACAUAAAGGGUUAAUGUGAUAUCUCAUUACAUACCACGCCACUUUCACACUACACAAAAGAGCACACCAGUACAAUGACUGAUGUCACAUGAAUAUGAAUGGUCAGUCACACUAUUACAUUCUCACGUCUCAUGAACGAGGUUUGUCUCUUACUCUGUUUGCUGAAUCGUCAGCGAGUGAGAUAGUCGGCGUCCUGUUCUACGAACAUCUUGAACAGCGUUAUACUGGAGGUUUCUUUCAGAGCCGGUGAUUGCAACUCUUUGGAAAGACGAAACCAUGACUACACAUGAGAACAUGAAAUUAUACUGUUAAAUGAUGCCACUUUUCCACUACUCAGUCCCAG